AGCUCAGGCACAUGACCUGGUAACCCAUUGGAAGAUACACUCACAAAAUGAGUGGUGUAAUGGUUGUUUUCUCUCCGUCAGGCUCAAGUUGGCCCAUCCAGCAGUAGCCCCAUUCCUCAAUGGAGUUUGAAACAGAGGUCCUCUCCUAGAUCAGACGCUGGAAGAGAAAGACCUGGAAAAAGCCCUCGCUCUGGGAAAAGACUGGUUGAAGAACUGAUUCACGCAGCAUGCCUUCUAUCGCCAGCCUUCCCAGCACUAAAGCGGUACUUCCACCCCAGGCGCAUGAUGGGUCCUUCCCAGUCCGCCUGUUGUGCAGGGUGUCCUGCGUGCAACUAGCUGCCUUUCUCCUGGCUGUCCUGGGCUGCCUAAUGAGCAUCUGCUCCACAUCUGCCAACCUUGACUGGAGAGUGUGGCAAGUAGACAAAAUCAUGGGCAGCAACCAGCAGGGCAUUGUGGGCAUUGGCAUCUGGGGUGCCUGUUCCAUAAGAAGAGUUACUAUGAAGAAAACCAACAUGAUAUGUAUACCAUUCAACGAUGAGGAGUCCCUGCCAGCGGAAAUCAUGGUGGCCCAGGACUUGAUGCCAAUGGCCUCAGUGGCCAAUGCGGUGACCGUUCUUUGGGUGGCCUUUGCUCUAUGCAACAUCUUUGAGCCGGGAAAAGACGAGAAUUUCAUUGAUACCUUCUUUUCAAUUGGAGGAAGGAUGGAGUUGGCAGCGGGUACUUGUGUACUGAUUCCCAUUGCAUGGAAUCUUUAUUCUGUAUUAACAAACGAAGGAAUUCCACUUCCAGAGGUUUUGGGAGUUCCUCCGAUUCCCACAGAACAACGUGCUGGAAUGGCCAUCUAUAUUGGGUUUCUUGCUGCAGCUUCGCAGCUUUUAAGCGGAACUCUGGCUCUGGGUGAAAAAUAUUUUUGGAAGAUGAGUGAAAUAAACACUUCCAAGCCAAAAUUUGUAAAUGACCCAGAAAGUGUUACAGACACUGAAAACCCAAAGCUAAGCAUGAAAUACAGACAGUACUUCUCUUCUGUGACACUUGAAUGUGAAGAAGAAAAACCCCCUAUCUGGCAAAGAUCUCAAAGUCAUAUUAAAACGGAAACCAUGCCAAGCUCACUAGCAAUAUGGCUAAUGAAUGGUUCCCGUCCUGUGACUGGCUUUUUGCGUGGACAGGCGGAGUCCCCAGAUCCUGCACAGUCCCCCCUUCAUGUGGAAUAACGACUCA